UAUCCCGUGAUUCCGUGCGCGCCGCCAUGUUGGUUGUCAUUCGCGUCCCCAGCAACCAUAGCGUCACUAGCAACUAUCGUCUACGCAUACGUCUGUCUGCUUCAGUCCGUCAUCUAACCAUCUGUCAUGGAGAAUUAUGCAAACUUACUGGAUAAAGCAUCUCGCAUACGAUAUAUCGAGAAGACUAUUGUGAUAGACAACGAAGAUCCGUACAGGAUUCCCAGAUCGGAUUGGAGUGACGACCACAAGUAUUUGCCGGCAACAAACUAUGUCGACAUCGUGAACUAUCUGGUGUUCAGCCCUAGUCCUUUUUAUAGUUUAUCCGAUAUGAGAAACUAUAGGAGUCUGGAAGCAUAUGACAGAUUUGUGUGUGGUUGGGUACGAGACAUCGUCUCAUAUGUGCAUUUAUCCGUCCAAGAUGGAAAGGCCAUUCAUGUCGUGAUGUCAAAAGUUAUGCAUUCCCAGCGCUUGAACGAAGCUCCAUUGCAGCCCUGGUUUAUCACUGAUGACGCUGGCACAGUUUUAUCAGCUCAUUGUAACUGUAUGGCGGGUUUGGGUGAAUCAUGCUCACAUGUGGCAAGUAUGAUGUUUGCUGUUGAAGCUAUUGUGAGAUUAAGAGAAACCGCCACUGUCACACAGCAACCUGCAUACUGGAAACUUCCAGCUUCUCUUAAAAGGUUAACUAUGCAUGUCUAA